CAGCACCCCGAAUCUGCCGAACGUUACUUUACGAUUGGUUUGAACUAUUUAAACCGUUUGAGCGGGUGGAUGGAAAACAAGAGGCUGCAGAAAAUAAACUACUUUUGUUUCAGCGGAAACAUUGGAAAACAUUUAAAAUUGGUUGCUGUGUUAUAACGGCUGCUUUCGCACCGAAAUCGUCGAAUUAAGGAUAAAGUAGUAGCUGGAGACCUACAGAGUAGCUACAGAGGGUCGCCAUCAUGAGCUCUUUGCCGGAGGCCACGCGAUCCCUAAUGCAGGUUUUCGAUGGAAAACUGCAGGAUUUCAUGAAUGAGGUUGAUAAUGUCCACAUGGUUUGGCUGGGAGAGAUCCAGCAGGAAGCUCAGCGCAUGUUCUCCAGUGACUUCAGUACAGAGCCAGAACUCAUGCCAAAAACUCCAUCACAAAAAAAGACUAAUCGUAGGAAACGAGUGUCAAUGGAGCUCAAUGAGUCUCGCAGUAAAAGACGUUUCUCCAAGGGGAAACGCAGCAACCUACGACGCUCCUCUGUCCAGUUGACCCUGAACCCCAUCUCGGAGCUUGUCACACCACACGUCCAGGAGGACUGCUCGGAGAGCCUGGUUGAGGAGCCUGUUCGGCGCACACGUCGCAAAAAAACUACCGCAGCGGUCGAAAGUGAACCUAUCAAACGCAGCACUCGCAACAAAGGCACUUCCAAAGCAAAGGAGCUUGAAGAGAUUGAAACACCAGCGGAGAGCAGUCCAGAGAAGAAGGAAGCAGAUGAGGCCCAGGGUUCAGGUUCUUUUGAGGAUCAGAUGCUGGUGUCUGAAGCCGUGGUGAAGAUUCCCUCAUCUGAACGUUUGAGUGCAGAGAAAUCACUAGAGACGUUGCUGAGUUCUGGUCCGUCUCCUAGCCGAUCCGCUAAUAAAAUCCCAAUCGCUGCCUCUGAGGCGCAGCCAAAACCUCAGGGCUCAUCCCGGGCAUCUAUCCGUCGGUCACUGGUGGCACGGCGUUCGCUGGUGGGUCUGAGGCAAAGCAUGACACAAGAAGCUGUUCGCAGGGCAUCGCGACGCUCUUUCUUGAAGAAGAAGGCCAGACAGGGCAAUUCAACCUGCAGCAGCUCCAUCAGUGGUGACAUCUGUAUGGACAUUGAACCUGAAAACACAGAAGAAAACCAAGAACAGAUUGAUCUUAAUCCGGAGGUUACUGAACAUGCCACUGAAACCACAAAUAAACCAGAAAUGGCCGAACCUGAGGAGCCUGAACCCCAGAUUGCUGAAGAGGAAGAAAUUGAGUCAAAGGAUGAACCUGCAAAACAGAUUGCAGAGCCUUCCACCUCCAUUGAAAACUGCCGUUUCACACGAUCUAUGAGAACAAACGUACCAGAAACAGAUGGCAGCGGAGGAGUCAUCCGCUCCACACGCUCUGGCUCCAAGCGGAAUGCGGAGGAAACCAUACAGAAGAUCAGCACACCCAAGAAGAGUUCUCCCCCAAAGAAGUGUGCCACGAGUAUCGCUCCGCACAUGCGCUCAUUCAUGCACACCGUGCAGAAGAACCAGAUGCUGAUGCAGACGCCUGGAUCUCUGGGCCGCAACACCAUCAUAAAGUCCUUCAUCAAACAGUCCGCCAGCAAAACUGAUGUCAAGGAAGGCUCUGUGGAGCGAGAGCGGCAGAAGUGGGAUGCUUUGAACAAGAAGAUAGAACAAGAAAAUGAUAGAAAGAGAAAGAUUGAGGAAGAGAGGAGGAGGAAACAAGAAGAACUGAAAAGGAAGCGGGAUGAGCGUUUGAAGCGGGUUGUUGAAGCUCGAGUGAAAGGAGAGAAAGAGAAGGAGCAGGAAAUAAAGAAAAAGAUUGAGGAGAAGAUGGCACUGCUCGAAAAGAAAAAUGACAUGAUGCGUGUUGAGCGUUUGGCAGAUGAGAAGGCCAAAAGGAAGGUGGCUACUAAACGACAGGAAGAACUGGAGCUGCGCAAAAAACAGGAGGAGGCUGCCAGACAAAAGAAACUUCAGCAAAUCAGAGAGCAGGAGCGGGAGAGAGAGAGGGAACGUGAACGGGAGCUGGAGAGAGAAAAAGAACAACGGGCCGCAGCUGAGAAAGAGAGGCUAGAGAGAGAGAAGGCUAUUGCUCUUCAAAAGGAAUUGGAAAGAGCAGCCAGAGAGAAAGAGAGGAGAGAGAUGGAGGAAAAGAGAAAGAUGGAGGAGCAGAAGAGAGCUGAGGAGCAGAAGAGAGCUGAGGAACAAAGGAGAGCUGAGGAGCAAAAGAGAGCUGAGGAGCAGAGGAGGGUGGAGGAGAAAAAGAGAGCUGAGGAGCAAAAGAGAGCUGAUGAGGCGAGGGCUGCCCAACAAAAAAGUGCUGCUGUUACUGCAACCUCUGCCACAGUGCAGGUCCCGAAAGUGCAACUGACCAGUUUGCUCAACACAACCAUAACAAAGAGUCCAGGUGUCACUGUUGUAGAUACUAAGGACUCUGGUAUGAAAACUCCAGUUAGAAAAGUAGAUGCUCUCAAUAAGACGAUUGAUGUUGGAUUCAAUGCUACGUUCAAUGUAGAGCAAUCGCCAGCGUCAUCUCCGCAGUCCUACGAGAUCACUCCCAAAGGCCAGAAAGUGACGGUUUUGACGAAUCCCGAAGAUUAUGGUAUGGACCAGAACAGCGAUGACUCCACAGAUGAUGAAUCUGCUCCCAGAAAACCCAUACCAUCCUGGGCUGAGGGUAAGCAGUUACAGCAGACUAUAAUGAAGUUGUAUUAUAAUCCACUGGAUCUUAAUUCAUAUUUCGGGGAACCUGAACCACCGAAGCUGGAGGUCAUCUUUCAGCGGACCAAACCUCGCUUUUUUAAGCGCACUAGUUCAGCUGUGUGGCACUCUCCACCACGCUUGGGAAAUACCGGCCAUUUAUAGACGGCUAUGAUUUUAUAAAACAAAAUAAAUACUGGUAAUUUUUAAGCUUUGUUUUUGUAAAAUGCACAAAGUAAUAAAAUAAAAAAUACAUUUCUUUUGAUCGUUUUUGGGAAAAUGUCUCUUUUUGAAUCUUUUAAUUUCUGUUGUAAAUAAAGAACUCUUUCACAAAAA